GUCUGUGCGUGAGCGCGCGGCCUUGUCUUCGGUACGGUGUCUCCGGUGUCCGCACUCGCUCAGUCCGUCAGUACAUCAAAAUGGCUGGGAGCAUUCUCGAAAACCUAAGCGGACGCAAGCUCGCCUGCAUAGUGGCGGUUGUGCUUAUACUUCAAGUGGUCUGCUUCCUCAUCGGCGGCCUGAUAGCUCCAGCCCCAUCCAAUGCGGACCAGAUUCUUGCAACUAUAUGCAAGAAGGAUACCUUGCUUCCCAUGGGCACUUUUGAUGACACCUGGCACAUACCACGUGGCCACGGCGGCCAGCCUACAAACUGCAAUGUCAUUCAUGAGCUCUCGGAUACAUCCAGAAUGGAUCCAAAUCUGACUGCUAACCACAUCGUCUUUGCAUUCCAAGCUCCAGGGCCACGAUCAGACGAGGACCUCGACUAUUCACGGUGGAUGCAAAACCUUAUAGGCAUCCUUCAGCUAGAUAUUAUCCACAGUGACUCCCAUCCAAUGACUUCCAACCCGCUGCUUAGCCUUGAGGUGAAGCUUGGCUACAGGAAUAAACAUGACCCUCCAGACAAAUGGACGCUUGCGGCAAAGUCUGUUGAGGAACGCUAUUUGCAGUGCAACAUAAAUAACACUGAGGUUCCUGAUGGCCAUGCGUACAACUGUGAUGUCCUGAGCCUCUUUGAACUGGGCAGCCUCCACCAUGACUAUUAUCUCUUGAAUUUGCGGCUGCCGAUAGACGAGAACAAUCCCGGCAACAAAGAGCUCAAGGAAGUCAGGGAUGUCUGGCUUGUGCUUAUCCACCAAAAUGGCGGCUUCACAAAGGUGUGGGUCUCCCUCAAGACAUUCUUCUUUCCUAUCGUGCUGGCCACACUGAUCUGGUUUUGGCGACGCAUCAGGAUGCUGGCACGUCCACCGCACCUCAUAGAAGGCUUGCUGCUUUCCCUGGGAAUCGCUCUGACUCUACUCAACUUGCCCCUUGAGUUCCUCACUCUGUGGUUCAACCUGCCAUUCAUGUUACUCUUGAGUGACAUCAGACAGGGAAUCUUCUAUGCAACCCUGCUCAGCUUCUGGCUCAUUUUUUGCGGAGAGCACCUUAUGGACGACGUGGAGCGCAACAGGUUGCGGUCAUACUGGAAGCACCUUAGCGCCGUGAUAACAGGCUGUGUCUGCCUCUUUAUAUUUGACCUGUGCGAAAGGGGGAUUCAGAUGAAGAACCCUUUCUACAGCAUCUGGGCAACUCAUGUCGGCAGCAAUCUUGCACUGGCAUUCAUCAUUGCUGGUGGGGUUUCAGCUGGUGUUUACUUCAUCUUCCUUUCCUACCUGCUUUAUCGUGUGCUUCGUAACAUUAGCUUCAAGAGGAGUGCCCUCCCAAGUAUGAGUCAGGCACGCCGGAUGUACUACGAGGGCAUUAUAUACAGGUUCAAGUUCCUGCUCCUUGCCACGCAGAUCUGUGCGGCCCUCACAGUGAUUGCAUACAUCAUAGGACAGGUGAGCGAGGGUCGCUGGAAGUGGGACGAUGACAUUGACCUGGAGUUUACGUCUGCUUUCUUCACGGGUGUCUAUGGCAUGUGGAACCUUUACGUCUUCAUGCUGCUCGUCCUGUACGCACCAUCUCACAAGUAUUACCCCACACCCGCUGAUCACUCCACAAGCCAGGAAGAAAUCGAGUUCAGCCGGCUUACCACGACAGAGCCUUUGCCCACAGAGCCUACAGAGUCAUCAUCGCUGACAGAGUUUGCCAAGAAGGCAGCCUUGGAUUAAUUUAUCUUGGUUAUUCAGCUCAUCGGAGUCCUCGAAUUUUUAAUUUUUUUUUGUUCCUUUGACUUUUUUAGGACAAUCAAAGUUUAUCGGCCCAACACUUGCAAGAUCAGAAAAGUGAACAGGCAUAUUCAGUCAGUAUUGCUGUAAAGCAGUGCUUCCCAAACUUUGCUCCCUGAUGGCUUGCUGAAAUUGACAAUACCAAAAAACAGUAAUGCAGGAAGUGUUUGUGUCAGAGUUAGCAUGGCCACAGGUAAUCUGCUCAGAUAAAAAAACAACAAACUGCAACAACUGCUAGCAGAAAAAAAUUGUUGCUGAUGGUGUGAGGGAGUUUGUUUGUCAGAGGGCAGUUUCUCCACACGGGAAUGAAGUUCAGGUGCUACCACUUCCAGUUCCGACUCCGCAUUCGAAUGCUGCCAAUGCACAGAAGUCAGGAGUGAACACGUACUAUGCAGUGUUUACGGUAUGAAAAAAUUGAGUUUUGCUACUCGUAAAAAGGUACUCCUUCCAGAUUUGUGCAAAAUUGCCAUUAGCUUGCUGUAAUUGUUGGCUGUCAUUGAA